UCGCAUCACAUCCAUCUUUUUAUCAUUUUGACCAAACAGAACCCCGCUUUCAUUCUACCCUUCUCUUCCAAAUCAAACCGAGAAAAACCAAAUGGGAGCAAUCACAAAGCUAAUCGACUCAAUACUGUUCAUCUUCUUCCUCGUAAUUGCAGUGGGAGCACCAUUACUCGAUAGCCAAACAUGUCUACCUACUAACCUAUACCCACAGUUCUUGCUCAAUCUCAAGAAAUGGUACACCGAUUCAUGCGGGGACUAUCUUAUAGCAGAGAAGCCUCAUUUCUUUGUAGGUCUCGUUUGGAUCGAGCUUUUAUUUCAAUGGCCGCUCGCUCUUCUCAGUUUAUACGCAAUUUUAGCUUCCAAGCCUUGGAUUCGCACCACUUGUUUGAUCUACGGCGCUUCUGUUUUCACUUCCAUGGGUGCGAUAUUGGCGGAGAUGAUGGGCGGAGGAAAGGCGUCGGAAAAAUUGUUGAUGAUUUAUUACCCAUUUAUGGGGUUGGGGAUAUUAGCUAUUGUGCGUGGUCUUAUGCCUCAAUCUAAUUCGGGUGUUACAGGAAGGAGACCUACUCCACUUCCUAGGAAAAAAAGAGCUUAGAGAAUAUCCAGUUUUGUAAUGCUUAAUUUCCUCUUCUUUUUAGAGUUUACUUGUUUUAUUUGUGUUUUUGGAAAUUAAAGGAGUUUCUUCUUUGUUUUUGGUA